GCGGGGAAGACCUUCGAGGCAUUGGAGAAGGCGAUGACGAAGACCGAGAAUGCAGAAUCUGCUUUUCGUCAAGCAUUGGCAAUCGCCGACGUCAGCAAGCAGGCGCUCGGCCGUGCGAUGAGUCGCAUCUUUGAUAUGGGUGGCCUCAUUCGGGUGCGCGGGCGGAAGGCCGUUGGCGUCGUGGAACACGCCGUGGUCCUCGAGCGGCGGCCGCCCGCUCCAGCCGUGGGCACAGCGGUAAAGGAGCGUCAGAUGGAUGCGCAGAGCCGCGCAAGUAUCAAGUACGAUCGCACUGAGAAGCGUGGGAAUGCAAAGGUCGAGGAGAAUUGCAGGAAGUUCACUGCUGCCAAGACUCAGAUGGAAGACGCCAAGGCGGCAUGGAUGUCGUCCAUAUGCGACCGCCUUGCCGCUCUGGUGAUGCUGAGCGAUGCGUCUGAUGCGCUCGAUCGGAUCAAGGCCGAGCGCGCCCCGCG